CAGCGAGACGCAAGCAGCAGUGACGGGGACCCCCGGGGGGAGAGCUGCAUCACGGGAUACAAUGAGAACUCAGCUCCUGCUGCUGCUGUGGGUCGCCCUCUGUCUCCACGGAGACGCCGUGGCCUUUUUUUUCGGGAGGACUGCGGGGGGUGCUUUAGCGGGGUCGACGGGACAGGGGGGUGGCGACGGCGCGGCCCUGCGGCGCUCCAAACGAGGCUGGAUGUGGAACCACUUCUUUCUCCUGGAAGAAUACACCGGAACAGACUACCAGUAUGUGGGGAAGCUCCACUCAGACCAGGACAGAGGGGACGGCAGUGUGAAGUACGUUCUCAAUGGAGAUGGGGCCGGCACCUUGUUUCUGAUCGACGAAAACUCGGGAGACAUUCACGCCACCAAGAGGCUGGACAGGGAGGAGAAAGCCUACUACACACUGCGGGCUCAGGCAGUCAACAAAUUCACCAACCAUCCCCUGGAGCCCGAGUCUGAGUUCAUCAUCAAGAUCCACGACAUCAACGACAACGAGCCCAAGUUCUCCAAGGAGGUGUACACCGCCAGCGUCCCAGAAAUGGUAGAAGUCGGCACCAAUGUGGCACAGGUGACCGCGACGGACGCGGACGACCCCACGUACGGAAACAGCGCCAGGCUGGUCUACAGCAUCCUGCAGGGGCAGCCCUACUUCUCUGUGGAGCCCGACACAGGAGUCAUCCGCACGGCCCUGCCCAACAUGAACAGGGAGAACCGGGAGCACUUCCAGGUGGUGAUCCAGGCCAAGGACAUGGCGGGGCAGAUGGGCGGGCUCUCCGGCACCACCACCGUCAACAUCACCCUCAGCGACGUCAACGACAACCCGCCGCGGUUCCCCCAGAGUGUGUACCAGUUCAGCGUCCUGGAGUCGGCAGGGACCGGGUCCCCGGUGGGACGGAUCAAAGCUACGGACGCCGACAUCGGGGUCAACGCCGAGAUGGACUACAACGUCAUCGGAGGGGACGGGCUCGACGCCUUCGACAUCGUCACAGACAGGGCCACGCAAGAGGGGGUCCUCACCGUCAAAAAGCCUCUGAACUUUGAGAGGAAGAGCGCGUACGUGCUGAAGGUGCAGGUGGAGAACACGCGGCCGGACCCCCGCUUCAGCGCCGCGGGGCCGUUCCGCGACACGGCCACUCUCAAGGUCACCGUGGAGGACGUGGACGAGCCGCCCGUCUUCGAGCGCGACGGCUACGUGAUGGAGGUGAAGGAGGACGCCGACGCCGGCACCACCGUCGGCUCCGUGAGCGCCUCCGACCCCGAUACCAGCCGCAGCCUCAUCAGGUACUCUAUUGACCGCCGUACGGACAUGGACCGCUUGUUCAACAUUCACCCGGGAAACGGGACCAUCUUCACUCUGAGGCCCCUGGACCGCGAGGAGACCGCGUGGCACAACAUCUCUGUGACCGCCACAGAGUUCAGCAACCCCAGGCAGUUGAGCCGCGUGCGCGUCUUCAUCAGGGUGCUGGACGUCAACGACAACGCGCCCACCUUCGCCACCGUCUACGAGACCUUCGUGUGCGAGAACGCCAAGCCCGCGCAGAGGAUACAGACAGUGAGUGCCACAGAUGCAGACGAGCCUAAGGGUGGGCACAGGUUCUUCUUCAGUUUGGCGCCAGAGGCUGCGGUCAAAGCCAACUUCACCGUCAAAGACAACAGAGACAACACGGCGGGGAUCCUGACGAGGAGGAGCGGCUUCAGUCGCGCGCAGAAGAGCGUGUACCUGGUUCCCGUGGUGAUCUCGGACGGCGAGUUCCCCAUGCAGAGCAGCACCAGCACGCUGACGGUGCGCGUGUGCAGCUGCGAUCGCCACGGCAACAUGAAGGCCUGCAGCGCCGAGGCCUACGCCCUGUCCGCCGGGCUCAGCACCGGGGCCCUGGUGGCCAUCUUACUCUGCGUCAUCAUCCUCCUCAUGAUCGUGGUUCUCUUCGCCGCCCUGAGGAGACAGAAGAAGAAGGAGCCGCUGAUCAUCUCCAAGGAGGACGUGCGGGACAACGUGGUGAGCUACAACGACGAGGGGGGCGGGGAGGAGGACACGCAGGCCUUCGACAUCGGCACGCUGCGGAACCCCGAGGCCACGGAGGACGGCAAGCAGCGGCGGGACAUCAUCCCCGAGACCCUCUACCCGCCGGCGGCGGCGCGGCGGCCCCCCGCCGGACCGUCCCGCGACAACGCCGACGUGCGCGACUUCAUCGCCGGCCGCCUGCAGGAGAACGACGCGGACCCCACGGCGCCCCCCUACGACUCGCUGGCCACCUACGCCUACGAGGGCGCCGGCUCGGUCGCCCACUCCCUCAGCUCGCUGGAGUCCGCCGUCGCCGACGGCGACCAGGACUACAACUACCUCAGCGACUGGGGGCCGCGCUUCAAGAAGCUGGCGGACAUGUACGGCGGGGAGGACAGCGACAGGGACUCCUAACCGGGCCCCAAACGAACCCGCUCCUUAAGGCGGGCGGACGAAAACGAAAGAAACGUGCAAACAAACGAACAAACAAACGAAAAAAAGGAAAAUAAAAAUAAAAAAAACGCUUCGGAGUUAAUUGUUCCGACACACAAUGCGGUCGUCAUGCUGGAACCGGAAGCGAAGGGGAAAAAAAAAAAGGAGGAGAAAGAAAAGCGCAGUCACUGUUUUACAAAGUGCUCUUUUUAGUCCCGUCAACCACUUCUCGUUUAACUUGUAGGUGACCUUGAGUAACUUCAGUGCUUCGUGUGUCAGUUUUCAGCGACGGAUCUGCCAAGCAGAGAAUUCAGGAACGAGCAGCGGACUCGCCAAAAUCCUGGGUUCACGUGUGCCCUAAAAAAAUCUCUUUUUAUAAAUAUAUAUAUAUACACAUAUAUAUAUAUAUACACGAUUUGUUUUCCUUUUUCUUUCUUUCUCAAGCUGCUUCUCCAUAUGGUGUGUGGGAAGGAAGCGCAAGUCAUUUCACGAACUGACUGACAGAUUUUUUUUUUCCCUCAGUCUUUUAAGAAAUAUCUGCAAACUGCGAGUUCCGUCUUUGCUUGUGUUUCUACUAUACACUCAGUACGGUGAUGCUGUCAUUUGCAUUUUAAAUAUUUGUCAUACAAUCGGCCCUGGAAAGCACUGUAUUUUUUUUCUUUUUUCUAGGUUUCUUCUUCUUGGGUUUGUGAGCUCAGUGACACCCCCUUCUCUAGCUGCAUUCGUGAAAGGAAAAAUCACUGUCUCCUUAUAGCUUUACAUGCGUAUUAUCACCAGAGAAAGCAGGAAAGAACUGUAUUAUUGUGUAUUGAAUGUUCCUGUACAAAUGUAAAAGGCUGUAAUGGACUAAGGUGGGAGGGGGUGGGGGGUUGGUGAACUACACUGUUGGACAGAAGCUCAAGGAUCCGAAAAAAGCAGUCUAUGAAAUAUAACUGCUUCCUAAAUUAUACUUGAUUUACCCCCCACUCCCACCCCCCCCAUAGUAAGUCCCCCCCCCCCCCCAUUGGCCUGCCACAUGCAUUACAACUUCCUGUCCGUGUAUCUCUCCUCUGGGUAUUUUUCUGAAGCUGUGAGUCAGGCCUUUACAGACGCGGUCUCGGCCGAUGCUGCAGUGGCUUCUGGGCCUCCGGAGAGCGUGGCGGAAAAGCGACAGGUCAGCUGACCACCGAAAGAGCGGCCUGCCGUAACCUGCCGACCCGAACGCGGAGCUGGGGGGAGAGCGGAGACGGGCGCGAUAAGCGAUGCUUUUAGAGGACGGCGCGGCGAAAGAGGAAGUCCUCGGGAGGUCCGCGUGUCCAGGCGAACCGGACGUCGCCGUGGCACCCUGCUCGCCAACGCGCCAUGGAAACCCCCCCGGAAUCGCUCCGCGGUCAGAGAGAGGCACACAGAUGGAGAAAUAAACGCCAUCCAUCGCGGCACUUCGGUGAAGGGAGGACGCAGACAACAGCAAAUCCGCAGAACGACUGAACAACAUCCAAAAAAAAAAAAAAAAAAAGUUGCCUGAACACUUCCUGUAGCUCCCACCAGAGAAAGCGGUCUUAACGUUUGUCUGACUCUACGCACUACAUUAACGCAUUUUAUUUUAAAAAUUAAAAACCCAUUUUAUUAUCAUGUUUUCGUCUCCCUGUAUAAUUAGCUUUUUCUCCCUGUCACAUAGAAUCAGUAAAAGGAUUGUACCGGCAACACAAACGUGCGCGUACGUAUAGCAGCCUUUUCAUUUUACAGUAGCGUAGACAAUCACUGGGAGGCACAGGUCUGUACCUUAAUAUACCUGUGGCCAAAGCUUAGUCCAUUUGCACUGGGACCCCCGCUGUUGGUUUUUUGAGUUUAAGCUCAUCACUGCUUUAAACAUCAACAUUCUGCCUCCUUAAAAUAACAGGAAGAAAAAAAAAAAAAAAAAAAAACCUUACUUCACAACAGGCGCUGCUUCUGACUCCAUAGCGACAGAACUAUUUUUAGACUAGACAGUUUUGAAGGGGGGGGGGGGGGGGGGCAGAGAAACUACAAUUUAAUGCAUUUUUUUUUAUUGUUGCUCUCCUCUGUUCAUCAGCAUAACGUCAAUUAGAUUACAGAGGGGAGUCUGCCUCUAAUUUAGAUUGUUACCGCCUUUCAAAACAAUGGUGCUGAAUUAAGCAAAUCUAACCGAGCAGUACGGAAUUAGCAUAUCGCUCCUGAAACAGUAUUGGGCUCCCAUGAAAAGCCGAUCUUGAAGACCGUGAACACGGCUGUUUGUUAGAGAUCUAAUAUUAGCUCAAUAAAUGUUAGCGUACCCGCGACAGGCCGGCUUUAAAAGGCCAUCCGCAUUCGGUUUGUGGAAUUCUGUUAUCGAUUGGUCACUUUUGUAAUAGUUCAAUGAAACGAGGGUCUUGUGUGCAGUGAUUUCACAGGUGCGUAAGUGCGUAUUCCAUUGUACCACGUGAUUUUGUACCAAAUACUUUAUUAAAACAUGAUUAAAACGCAUUUAAAACA